AUGUCGUUGGACAUCGAUAGCAGUGGGGACUCAAACAUCAGCGUUCCGAGAGGCAAUGAUAGCGGGCCCCAUCUGGCGCCAAUUAGAGGAACUCUCUGCACCCUUAACAGUGCCCCCCCAACUAACGAAGCCCAUGCGAUCAUGGCCUCUAGUCAAAAUCUCGAGCGGCACGGUGCACGGUGUAACUACACCAUUGGUGCUUCUGUUAUCAGGAACGAAGAAGAGAGGGAGGACGGUCGUCAUGAGACAGAACCCGAAGAGACAGAACACCUAGGGGAUUUCGACCAUGGAGAUAGCGAUAGCGAAUCUACCAUGGGAGAGUUUGGCCUCAAAUACGAUGAGGACAGCGAUGCAGCGCGCGGAUCCAAUGAGAGUGAUGAGGUACCUGAGUACUCUGCGUCAAAUGAAGGGUUAUCGGAGCCCAUGCGCGCGAGGAAUAGAUCUGGGCCACCUAUUCCACCCCCAGUCCCUGUCAGGCCUGGGCAACUCUUUUUUAGCAAUCAGAUAUGGACCAGAUUGAACGUCGAACAACAGCUGAAGCUAGGGGCAUUGAAGGUGGGCUCAAAGAACAAAUCGUUCAAGACCAGGCCUUGGCUAGUGGUUGAGAGGUCAAACAGAGUAGAUUCAGACGGACAACAAAUGCUGUGGGUCAUGUAAGCUUUUGCAGCUCUAUUUUGAAUGGAUUUCCUCCUGACGCCUCUAGGUGCUGUACUACGCGCAACCGGAACGGCUGGGAGGGUGUGAGCUAUAGGGAUUCAAAAAGCUUUAUUCCCAUGGCGCCAACACCCUCUAGAUUUGGCAGGCCUGUCUUGCCUCUCGUCACUGACGAUCGUGACGUGUUUUUGGGGGGCUCUCUGCUCUUCCUGGAGGUGUUCAAGGAGAUCAAGGCGUCUUUGCUGGGAGAUUAUAUUGGCCAUAUCUCAGACGCGUCAGUGAGCAUUGUCAAUAGGGAGCAACUUAGGAUCGCAGAGGAACGGCGCAAGAAGGAGGAAUUUCGUGCUUUACACCCUAGCGCAUUCAAAACCAGAGGGGGCAACAGCAGAAGGGGCAGCGAUCGCUACAGGGCCAGAGCAGAGACAAAUCCUGACCAAUACGAUAACAAUGGCAGUGGGCAUUCAGGACACCAAUAUGACCGAGAUGGAUGGAUUGCUCCGAAUCACAUCCCACCAUUCCACCUACCCGCCUGCACAAACGAGACUCAGGUAUCGCCUCCGCUCAAUCCUAAAGCGCCAGCUUUCCGAGAUCCAGCCAACCAGGGACACAGAGACAACCGCAGGAGAUCUUUCAAUGGCCGUGUUAUUCAGAAUCGUCAGCAGCAUAACGCGGGGCACCAAAACUAUCCUGGUUUCAACCAAAUGCCCGACGGUGGGAACCACUAUCCCCAAACCUACGGUGGCCGCAGCAAUUAUGGCAAUCCGGGCGGUUACGGUGGCCACGCCACCUACGGCGGACAUGAAAAUAAUGGCCAUCAUGGUCUCCGCCAUCGCAGCCGCAGUGACAGUUUCAAUUGCUACAAUAGCCCCCAGCAAAAUUACAGAGGUCAUCAGAAUCCUGGAUACUCUCCUAACAUUGCCCGCGAUUUGGUACACACAAGCGCAUCGGCAAGAGGUGGAAACCAGACCACAUCACCUGUAUCCGGUCCCCCUGGUCACUGGAGUGGUAAUGUAGGAAAUAGUGGAUGGGCAUCUUGCGGCUUUACCCCCGGCGGACCAGGUUGGACGACGACACCCCGCCGCGAUCAUAGACGUUGAAGUAUUCACUAUCGAAUCUAACCAAACGUAUCUAGGGCUGACAUUUCUAUAGCUCUCGUCCAACACCCGUCAUGAAGGGAAAGUACGAGUGUGGACAAAGCAUGGCCCUAAUGCAAACGCGAUUGUUUUUGUUUAUUUCAUUUUUUUCUCUUCUCACUGAAUGUUUGAGUUAAUGGGUUUAUGGAGCGAUGGAUCGGGUCCGAGGCCGGUGAGAGGGGGAUUUUCUUAUUUCUCAUCUCUACUUUUCCUUAACCCGCCUCUCUAGGUGGCUGUCACUAUUGACUUCCGCAAAGGCCUCCAUUUCACGGAUCGUGUUUACACACGACGAUAAAACUUCUUUGGGUUAUACAUGUCAUAUACCUAUCUGCGAGGGCCAAUAAAAUUCUGAUAGUAGUUGGUGGGCAGUUGUUGGCGUUGUGUUAGUUUUUGACGGGUCUUAUUUCGUUUUUAACAAAUUUGCCUUGUUUGUCGAGUUGUUUGUUUUACCCUUGUUUAUUGUCUAUUUAGUUGCUCUUGAUUUGGGUUGCAGUUGACAGGGAAGACUUCCAGGGGUGCUGGGAUCCGGAAUUAUAUACAUGACCGGAGAGGCCGAGCAUAACGGAGAGGUCUGAGAGAACCAGGGACAUAAAUUCUUUAGGGUGGUGGAUUCAAGCUUAUUAUGAGAACAGGACUCUUGGAGUCUACUACAGCACCCCGAAGGCGUGGGCACUGAUGUCCAUUUUGAGUUUAACUAACAAGGUGUAUUUCAUAGUGACCUCUCUCCAGUUUCUAUACGAGUCUUAUUUCUAUUAUGAUAUUAUUAUUACUAUUUUUGCGAGGCGAUGUCGAACACUAACGAAUUCACUUUAGGUAAAAUAGGGGAUCUAAUUGCUCAUCUUAGGCAUGCGGAUUAUUGCUCAUUCACCUCC